AUGAGGGCGGUCGCGUUGAUAAGCGGAGGGAAGGACAGCUGUUACAACAUGAUGCAGUGCGUCGGCGCCGGGCACACGAUCGUGGCCCUGGCCAACCUCCAACCAAUACAUAAAGAUGAAUUGGACAGUUACAUGUAUCAAACAGUUGGACACCAAGGAAUUGAUCUGUAUGCAGAGGCAAUGGGUCUCCCUUUGUAUAGGGAAAAGAUAUGUGGAGUUGCUAUUAACCAAGGUCGAAACUAUAACCCUACAGAAAAUGAUGAAGUAGAAGACUUGUAUAGGCUUUUGUCAAAAGUGAAGAAUGAAUUAGAUAUAGAAGCUGUUGCAUGUGGAGCUAUAUUAUCAGAUUACCAAAGAAUCAGAGUUGAGAAUGUAUGUCAAAGACUUGGUUUAGUGUCUCUUGCAUACCUUUGGCGAAGGAACCAAAAGGAGCUAUUACAGGAAAUGAUUGCUAGUGGUGUUGAUGCUAUUAUUAUAAAGGUGGCAGCACUAGGCCUUGACCCAAAAAUACACCUUGGAUUGACUAUCAAGGAAAUUCAGCCUCAUCUUCUAGUGAUGCAGGAAAAGUAUGGUUUGAAUGUGUGCGGUGAAGGCGGCGAGUAUGAGACAUUUACCCUCGACUGUCCAUUGUUUAGAAAGAAAUUAGUUAUAGAUGAAAAAGAAUUGGUGAUACACUCCGAAGACCCGGUCGCGUCUGUCGGAUAUUUGAAUUUAAAAUUACAUAUAGAACCUAAAGAAAACUACGACGGUAUACUCAAGCUACCUCCAACUGUGAAAAACUCAUUAGAUUUUAUAAAAGAUUUGAACGAUACUGUGUUUAGCGACGUUAGUGAUUUAGAAUUAAGUGAAACCGAGUUGGAGUCGAUCGAAAAGUUAGAAAAGGAAGAGAUAAUAAAGCAAAACGAACUGAACCCAUUGCUCACUUACUCCGGUGACAAUGCUAGCUUAGAUACAGCAGAUACAAACGAAUUAGAAGUAUCCGAAGAUGGAUACUAUUACGAUGAAAUGGACCCAGAUGAUAUGCAUCCCGUUUUAGACCACAGGUCAAUAUACGGGAAUAGACAUGGCUGGUAUUUCAUUGGUGGGAUUGUGGGUGGAGGGGUCGAUACGAAGAUAUCGACGGAGGACGCUAUGAAGAAACUCAUUAAUCUACUGGAGUCAGAAGGUCUGGUUCUCCCGGACGUGUGUUCAGUGAAUAUAUACAUGAGGGAUAUGGAGGAGUAUGCAAUGCUUAAUGAAGUGUAUGUGCAAACUUUCUCCUUCACCAACCCACCCACUAGGGUGUGUGUUCAGUGCCCGCUGCCGAAGAACGUUGGACUUAUAAUGGAUGCGGUUGCAUACAAAUCAAGCAACAUGAACCAGGACUGCGACGGCGUGUGCAAGGAGCGCGUGACGAUGCACGUGCAGGGCAUCUCGCACUGGGCGCCAGCCAAUAUUGGCCCUUAUAGCCAGGCCAUUAAGGUGGGCGAGGUGGUGGGCACGUGCGGGCAGAUCGCGCUGGUGCCGGGCUGCAUGCGGCUGGCGGCGGGCGGCGCGCGCACGCAGUGUGCGCUGGCGCUGCGCCACCUCACGCGCGUGCUGCGCGCCGCCAGCCCGCGCGCGCACAUACGCAGCGUCGUGCAGAGCGUGUGCUACGUGACGUCGGCGGGCGCGGCGCGCGAGGCGCGGCGGCAGCUGGAGCGGCGCACGGCGGGCGCCAUCGUGCAGUGCGCCGUUGUGCAGGCGCUGCCGCGCGGCGCCGCCGUCGAGUGGCACGCCUGGGCGCACACCGACAACAACCGCUUCGAUUAUGAGGAGACUGGCUGUAACGUUGGCGACUACAAAGUGGCCAUCACUAGGAGGUGGAACUACGAGAAUACUGUAGCUGCUAUCGUAUGCUACGUCGCUACAGGUUCCUCCCCAUCGACGUCGGCCGCGUCGUUCCCGGACGCGGCGGCGUGCGCGCGGCACCGCGCCCGCGCGCUGGCGUCGCGCGACCACCUCGAGGCGGUGUUCGAGUACGCGCUGCGCAAGCUGCUCAACGACUGCGCCGAGCCGAGCCCCAUGGUGUACAUGCGGGUGUUUUAUCAGGUGUGGGGCGCGCCGCCGCCCGCGCAGUUGACGGCGGCGGCGCGCGCGGCGGCGGCGCGGCUGGGCGCGCGCGCGGCGCUGUGCGCGGUGCCGGCCGUCGCGCUGCACAACGCCUUCACCUUCCUCUCCAUCAGCGGCCUGCGCUUGCAGGAG